AUGGUGUGUGAAACGCUACAGUCGAUAACACACCGUUUCUCACCUGAAAGAGACGAUGAAUCGACAUUCCGGGUCAAUUAUCAAGGGGAGGUGGAUGCGUCUGUGGAUCCUGGUAUCGCUAUUGCCCAACUCUUGGACCCGGACCCCUUGAAACCCGUAUUUCUCACCGGAUUGCGAUUACCGAUUCUGGCCGAGCUUGGGUUCCGCUGUCCUUCCGACUUGUGCACGGUCGCGGAGCCCAUGGAAGAAUCUAACGUCCAGAUCAACCUGACACCAAAGUUUUCCUUCGUUGAUCUCCAUAUUGAUUAUGGCGCAGACGGAGUCUCAGCACUUGUGGGUGACUGCCGGAAGAUCUGGCUCCUGUAUCCCCCGUCUCGAAACAACUUGGUUGCAAUGAGGACGGUGGACGGCCAGAGAGGUAAGCUGGCGCGGAUCAUGCACCGACUAGAGGGGGGAAUCAUGGUGGAGACCACUGCCGCUCAGUCAUUGUACAUCCCCGCUGGAUGCAUUCAUGCCACCUUUACAUUGCAGGGUGGUUUUCUCGUUGCGAGGGAUUUUACAACGUCUAUAUCCAUCGGUGCCAUUAGUGCUUACAUUGCCAGCGGCUUGGAGGGUAUGCUCACACCGCAGGCUCGCGAAGCCUGCUGGGAUUGGUUUUCUCGUUGCUUGGAUGUAUCUUUGGCGCAUGGCCAGUUUGACCGGGCGAUCCGGGCUUGGAUGGAUGCUGAACCUCGCCUUGCAAUCUGGGCCUCUUUGCACCGGCACUGGCGCACGGCUAUGCGACGUAUUUGGGAUCUUCAUGUACAGGAGAUACCAGAGCAAUGCCCCUGUGGAACGCAAGGAGACGCUGUACUGCAAGACCACCUGUAUUCAACCCAUCUCAAAUGUCUGCUUCCCCCAUCAAGAAUGCGUCGACAGAAAAGGUCCGAUGCGGCAUAUUGA